AUGGCGGCAAUGGGCUUGGCUUUUCAGUCUCGGGCAGCUGUCAAACCUGAUCUUCGAGUUGGCUUUUACGAUGCCACGUGCCCAAAAGCCGAAUCCAUCGUUCGACAAGUUGUUGAGAACCGCUUCAGGACGGAUCCUUCAAUUACGCCUGCUUUGCUUCGAAUGCAUUUCCAUGAUUGCUUUGUUAGGGGAUGUGACGCGUCUAUACUUAUUGAUUCCACGCAAGCCAACUCAGCCGAAAAAGAAGCGGUUCCAAAUCAGACAGUUAGAGGUUACGAACUCAUCGAUGAGGCCAAGAAGAAUUUAGAAGUCGCUUGUCCUUCCACGGUUUCUUGUGCUGAUAUCAUAACAAUGGCGACACGCGACUCCGUGGCUCUUGCUGGGGGGCCAAACUACACCGUACCCACUGGUAGGCGUGAUGGGCUUGUCUCGAAUGAAGGCGACGUGAACUUGCCUAGCCCACGUUUCACAGUUCCUCAGGCAUUGCGAUCUUUCUCUGACAAAGGGCUGACACUUAAUGAUAUGGUCACCCUUUUGGGCGCACACACAGUUGGAUUUGCGCAUUGUAGUUUUUUCCGGUCCAGGUUGUCUAGCUCUGGUAGGCCUGACCCGACAAUGGAUCCGGCUUUGGAUGCUACACUCUCGAAGCUAUGCGGGCCUGCAGAUUCAAAUCCGAGAGCGUUUUUGGACCAGAACACAUCGUUGGUGUUUGACAAUCAGUAUUACCACCAGGUGAUGUUGAACAGAGGAGUGUUGCAUAUUGAUCAGCAACUUUCUCUGGAUAAGUCGAGCGCUCCCAUGGUUUCGAAUUUUGCUAAGAAUGGGGCAGUGUUUCAGCAGAGUUUUGCCAAUGCUAUGGUGAAGAUGGGGAGCAUUCAAGUUGUUGUUGGGACUGAUGGAGAGAUUAGGAAGAAUUGUAGAGCUUUUAAUUAG